AUGAGGGUUCAGCGACAGGUCUCUAUCGCGGUGCCCAUACCACCGUCCCUACCCCCCCAGGCUGUCAUUGCGACUCUGCAGACGGUAUCCCCCGUCAUCCGGAACCUCGGGACCCUCUCGCGCUUCGAGGAGACACAGGCAGGCGGCGAGCCGGUCGCGACAGACCAAUUCUUCUACGGCGUCGGCAACGUGGGCAACUCGCCCGGCGGGACACCGCCAGCCGUCUCAAGCUACCAGAUCUACGAGCUCAUCACGCUGGCGCCCGGCCUGACCAAGGAGGUCACCUAUCCGGCCUACUUCCAGCGCGUCCCCGAAGGUCUCCGGGUCCGGGCGAACGGAGCCGCCGGAAUCACAGGGUGGUGCGAGUUCACCGUCCGCGCGCGAGGCAGCCACGCCGGCUCGCCCGAAGGCUCCGGGUCACAGUCUGGUAGCACGCCUAGCACUGGCAUGUCGGGCGACGUGGGCGGCUACGAGCUGUACGAGAGCCUCGUGGUCGAGGCCAACUCGCUUCUGAUGCCCUUUGUCGUGCAGACCAUGACGUACGCGCAUCGAGGGCUCUGCGACAAGGUUCUGCAGGAGGCCGCUGUGAGCUAUGCGGCGUCGUUGGGGUUUGAUGAACACACAAAGACCAUGGGGAAUUCCUAA